CCUCCCAAAGUGCUGGGAUUACAGGCUUGAGCCACCGCGCCCAGCGAGUUUCAUUUUUAUCAGACGCAUUCCUUCAGUCCAGGUGUAACUCCCUUCGCUUCCCCUGGGUCUGAUGGAAACCAGGCCCCGAGGUGGGAGGUGGGAGAGAGACAGCCCCGCUGGGCAGCGGGCCUCUGCAGAGACCUGUCCAGGGCUGGGGUCGGGCGACGGUCUGUUUCCCUAAUUUAUUUCAAACCAGGAGCCGUAACUGGUCUGCCUCACCCCUGGCCUCUGUAUUUUUAAUAUUCUUUUUGUGAGCUAGCAGGGAUGUUGUAAAUACACUGAGCUGACUGAGGGCUGGAUGGGAGGUUCCAGCGAAGGCUGUGCUUUGCUGACGACUUUCCCCCUCACAGUGCAGUCCAGUUAUCUGAGAGCCGUUAAACACCGCGUGCUGAGAAGACACCGUCGUUUUUCACCCAGGAGCUAGACUUUGUUCCCUUUACAAAGUGUUCUAUCAAAAACAUAUCAUAAUCGAAAAGUACAAAGUGUUCUAUCAAAAACAUAUCAUAAUCGAAAAGUUUUCUGAAAGAUAAAACUGCAUGUCACAGAUUAAUCUCAACAUUAUGUUGCGUGAAGGAAGACGGACACUGAAGGCCACACAUUGUAUUUGAAAUGUCCGGGAAAAGGCAGAACUGUAGACAGCAGAUGGGUUGUUGCCUGGGGUGAGGGCACACCCCGCAGCGGGCCACAGUGACAGGCACACCUGCGCACAUUUGCUCCCGCGUCACCCCGCACCACACACGGGGAAGUGUGCACGCUCCUUCCAGGGACAGCGAGAGGAGCCCCCGCUCUGUCAACGCUCUGAAGGUGCUCCGGGUGCUGGCAGAAGCCAGCAGACUCCUUUGCUGAGGAGCUGGUGCCUGUCCAGACGCGGAAGAAAGCUGACACCUCCCACGUGGGGGACAGAAACGUCCUCUCAUUGGUGCCACCUGCAGAGAUAGACAAGGAGUGCCGGGCCGUCAGAGGACGCUCCUGACAGCGACACAAUGACCACUAUAAAAGUCAGGCGGGCCGAGGAGGAGACAAAGGCCAGGACGCUCUGCAGCUGUAGGGUAAGAGGAGCUGCCUGCCCUGAUGGAGAAAUUUAAGGCUGCGAUGUUGCUGGGGAGCGUCGGCGAUGCUCUUGGCUACAGAAAUGUCUGCAAGGAGAACAGCACUGUGGGCAUGAAGAUUCAGGAGGAGCUGCAACGUUCUGGGGGCCUGGACCACCUCGUCCUCUCGCCAGGAGAAUGGCCCGUGAGUGACAAUACCAUCAUGCACAUGGCAACCGCCGAGGCCCUCACCACAGACUACUGGUGCCUGGAUGAUCUGUACCGGGAGAUGGUGAGGUGCUAUGUGGAAAUCGUUGAGAAGCUUCCAGAACGCCGGCCAGACCCAGCUACCAUUGAAGGCUGCGCUCAGCUGAAGCCCAAUAACUACCUCCUCGCCUGGCACACACCGUUCAACGAAAAGGGCUCAGGGUUUGGAGCGGCCACCAAGGCCAUGUGCAUCGGCCUGCGGUACUGGAAGCCCGAGCGGCUGGAGACCCUCAUUGAGGUCAGCGUGGAGUGCGGCCGGAUGACCCACAACCAUCCCACAGGCUUCCUGGGCUCCCUGUGCACGGCCCUGUUUGUGUCGUUCGCCGCACAAGGAAAGCCGCUGGUCCAGUGGGGGAGAGACAUGCUCCGGGCAGUACCCCUGGCAGAAGAGUACUGCAGGAAGACCAUCCGGCACACGGCAGAAUACCAGGAGCACUGGUUUUACUUUGAAGCUAAAUGGCAGUUUUAUUUGGAGGAGAGGAAAAUCAGUAAAGACUCAGAAAAUAAAGCCAUCUUCCCCGACAAUUAUGACGCAGAGGAGAGGGAAAAGACCUACAGGAAGUGGAGCUCGGAAGGUCGAGGGGGAAGACGAGGCCAUGAUGCCCCCAUGAUAGCCUAUGAUGCCCUCCUUGCAGCAGGCAACAACUGGACUGAGCUGUGUCACCGGGCCAUGUUUCAUGGAGGGGAGAGCGCAGCCACGGGCACCAUUGCAGGCUGCCUGUUUGGGUUGCUGUAUGGCCUGGACCUCGUUCCCAAAGGCUUGUACCAAGACCUGGAGGACAAGGAGAAGCUGGAGGACCUGGGCGCGGCCCUCUACCGCCUGUCCACAGAGGAGAAGUAAAGCCAUUUCUGCCACUUUGCCCUAGAGAGCCAGUGCCACCCCUGGGGCCCAUAGUGUCCUCUCGCAGCCCCCUGGGUGAGGGCGUCCCUGUGCGGCUCCACUGCAGUCUGCGCCUGACUGGUCACAUCUAACUCUCAUUUCCAAUCUCAGAAUCCUAACUGUUGCAUAAAAUACACCGUUUGUCCUGCGGGAAUAUUUUCCGUCCUCCACCACCAUCCACAUUGACAUUGUGUGGCUUGUCACACUCGGACGUCCACGCGUGGCACUCACCCGCAGUCUCCCGGACAGACGGUGUAUUUUAUUCCGCCGCAGAGCUAAUGCUGUUUACUCACUCACUUCAACAACACUAACUGUGGUGGCCUCCAGCAGGCCCCCGCUGCAGACCCUCCGUCCCGCCUCCGCCUCCACCUCCAGGCAUGCAUUUCCCUCAAGGGCCGAUGCGCCACCUCCCCGCCCUCCACCCCCCGCCAUGUCCACAGUGGGCUGUGUGUGCCUGGACAGAGAAACGGUCCACACUGGGAGCUGGGGGACACAUAUACAAGCAUUGCUCUUAACCCCACCCACCUGUUUAAUCACACUAGAUUUUAAGAUCACUCUCUUUUUGAAACAACUCACGGAGAAAACCAGAACCUAAAUGGCCUCCUGCCAGCUCCGGCGUCUCUCUGUGGUCUGCCUUAGCGGGCCAGGUCCAGAUGCAGAGCAGGCCUUUCCCCUCCGCGCCUGCCCUGCCGGGCUCGCUGACGAGGAAGCGCUGUCCCUGCCAUGAGGUUCUCUCUCAGAGAGUCUGGGAAAAGAGAUCACUUGCUCUUGUUGAAAAUACAUUUGGACGUGAUUUUUCCGUGCAACAUCUGGUGUGAAUAAAACAGCAGUUGACUGA